CCGAAGAGUGAAUUGCCGGCGCCGCGGGCACAGCGGAGUGGGGACACCUCCAAAUACUCCAAUCCCGCUGUCUCUGUAUAGUCUCCACUCGUCUCCUCCUCCGGAGAGGAAGGAGACCCCCUCCCUUCAACCGUGUGUUUCCAGUGAGUGGUGCCACCUGUGACGCAGACCCGUCACACGUUACUGUGAUGAUGACACAGCGUUGCUGUGAGUUUCGAGUGGAGUUUUAGGAGUUUCUAUAAGUAUUGUGUGCUUCUUUUCGGAGAGGAAAAGCCGCCAUGUGGGACGGCGGCGGCGGGGGCGCCGGCUACCCCCAGGGGUACCCUCCGGGGUACUCACAGGGUUACCCUCAGGGGUAUCCCCCUCCGGGGUACGGGGGCUCGCCGGCUGCCCAGGAUUAUUAUUAUCAUCAGUCGGGCGACUAUCAGGUCCAGGCGUUUGGCUAUUUCGAGGAGGCGCCCAAAAGUCCUAUGGUCCAGUAUGAACAGGCACGGAUGAGGGACACAGACGAAAGAGACGCUGUGCAAAAGAAGACGUUCACAAAAUGGGUCAACAAGCACUUGCUAAAGGUAGGUGUCAAUACAGCAUAGAAAGUUAUAUUCUGCAGUUGUCUGUGUUACGUCUUUGGAAGUGGAGUGUUUCCCCGUGUGUUGUUGGCGUUAUGCCACCCUGUCUCGUUCGCCUCUUCUAUAAUAACUUUACAACGUUGAAAUAGGCGUUAUACUCAUGAAAUAUAUUGGUCUACCUUGUGGCUGAAAGGGAAAGUUGAGGGAAUAGAUUUGCAUUCUUUGCUGUUAAAAUUUGGUAUUAAUCGUGUUCACAGUGUGUGUGUG